AUGCCAAAAAAUCAAAAAGAAUCGAAAAAGGACGGAACGGAUAAAGGCGAAAGCCCGAAUCCGUUCGGCGGGAGUAGCCUUAGGCGUUCACCGGUUAGGCAAUCUGCCAAACCGGUGGACCCGACGGCAACGUCGGUGGAAACACCGUGCGAUGAGCGAGCGGACCCGUACGAACAAGUACAAGAAGCGCUGGAAGACCAACUGAGCUCCCCGGAACUCCAAGAUCCGGGAGCUCCAGUAGAGUUGGUCACGGCCAUGGCUGGCAUCGCUGACCUUGUGGAAUGUGUGAAGGGGAAGUCCAACAUCCACAAGGAAAUACGCGAGAAGCUAGCCAGGGUGAUGCAGCUCUUCAUCGCAGCCAACAAAGCUGUGGUGGAACGGCUUGCGGAGCCCGAGGCCGCCAGACCAAAAGAGCGAGGGCCGGCAGAGACUCCUCUGAGGGCGGACACCAUCCGCCCAAAGAAGGUCAAUGCCUUUGCCCAAACAGAGGGCAGCCUUGCGUUUGCUGGCAACAGCAAACGUAAGAGAGGGUCUCCCGGGGAACUCAGACCCGGUGACCCUAAGAAAAGAGCGGAGGAUCCGUCUGUCCGGCAGGAUCCUGCGGCCAGCGCUUCCAAGCGGGCGGAAGGCCCUGCCGAAAAGGCAGAUGAGCCGACGAGCGCAAAUACCGGAUGGCGGACGGUAUCGCGCAAAAGGGGAAGGCCCAAAGGUACGGAGACGGGAAAAGCCAAACCCCAACCCCAACGACGCAAACGUCGCGUCAGGGAGAGGGGCGAGGCGAUUGUCGUCAAAGCACCUGAGGGCACGUACGCAGAUGUCUUGCGACAGAUGCGUACGAACGAAGAUCUCGCCGAUUUAGGCGAGAAAGUUCGGAGGAUCCGUCGGACACGCACCGGCGAGAUGAUCCUCGAACUGAAGCGUGGUGCUGGAAACUCCAGCGGGACCCUUACGGCUAAGGCAGCCGAAGCUCUUGGCGACAAGGCUGAAGUGCGUGCCCUCUGUAAGGAGGUGACCAUCCGGGUUAAAAACCUGGAUGAAGUCACAACGGAAGACGAACUGCGGGUGGCACUGGUCGAGCAGUGCAAAAUCUGCUCUGACCAGAUGACGGUUCGUCUGCGGAAUGGCCCUCCCAAAUCUGGUAUGCAGAUUGGGCUGGUCAAACUUCCGGUUGCAGCAGCAAACGCCGCACUUAGGUGUGGGCGGCUAAAGGUGGGAUGGUCUAUCUGUCAGAUAUCCAUCCCCCAUCAACCGGACCGGUGCUUCAAGUGCCUGUUGAACGGUCACAAGUCGUUCGACUGCACUGGGCCAGACAGAAGUGGCAUGUGCUGGCGCUGCAGUGAAACCGGCCACAAGUCGACUAACUGCAAAAAGCCUGCCAAAUGCCCUGUCUGCGCUGGAGACCACGCUGUUGCACACCAGCUGUUGCGGCAGAUGACAGUUGAGGCAAAGUUGGACAUCGCGCUAGUGGCAGACCCAUAUCGCAGAGCUGCAAAUGGCAUUAAUUGGGCGACUGAUGAUGCCAAACUGGCCGCGAUAUGGGUUACAGGUAGUUUCCCCAUACAAGAAGUUUUGGCGACGGAAAACGAAGGCAUGGUGGUGGCCAAAGUUAACGGGAUCUACUUCUGUAGCUGCUAUGCUCCCCCAAGAUGGUCCUUGGAGAGGUUUGGCACUAUGGUUGACAAGAUGGUGGAUGUGCUAAUGGGGAAAAGCCCCAUCGUUAUUGCUGGCGACUUUAACGCGUGGGCCGAUGAAUGGGGUAGCCGCCUCACUAACCCCAGAGGUCAAAUUCUUUUAGAAGCCCUGGCGAGGCUUAAUGUGGAUCUGGCCAACGUAGGGAAUACCAGUACCUACCAAGGUUGGAACGGGAGCGAGUCAACCAUAGAUGUCACCUUCGGUAGCCCGGGGUUGGUAAGCGAUUGGAUGAUUCUUUGUCUUAAUGUUACUACCCAAUAG